GGGUCCGCGGGCCCCCGGCACGGCUGCCGCUGAGAAUCGGCCGCCUGGGGGGAGGCGCUGAGCCGGGGCUAUGAGCGCUGCGGGCUGGGCCUUAUGAAGGGGAGGCUGGAGGUGGCGCCGUCCUUCCCCCCGGCUCAGGCUCCCGGCGGCUGCUCUGCUGCCGCCCGCAGCCGCGCUCCUCUCCCUGUAGCUCACAGGGCGCCCUACCGAGGAGUCGGUGUCAUCGCCCCAUUUUAUAGAUGGCGAAACUGAGGCCCGGAGAGUGUCCAGGCCUGGAGGGAGCGGGCAAAACCACAUGCGUUUCUGUUCUAGGCCUUGGCUGCCAUGGCCUGUGCCAGUUCAGCCGGCUGGUAGGAAGCACAGGCCCCAGCUCCUGACUGAUGUAUGGAGGGGGGAGGGGUCUCUUAGUACAAACUUUUCAGGUGCCCGGCCCAACGGGGCUCUUCCCGUUUCAGGACCCUGAGAGUGAAGCGAUGACAGUAAAACUGUUUGGAUUCCUGGCUAGAUGUUCCCAUGUUUUAAUGAAAAUAUGUGAAUGCCAAGGCCUUCAUAAACCGAGGCAUCCAGUGUUGAAACUAAGCAAUGAUGUUAGGGCAUCAUUCAGAAUUCUAGCACCAAACAAAGACUUGAACUUGCGCAUUCCUGAAACUUCUACCUGUUGCUUGACAAAUCUGUGUGUGCGACUCAAGAAUUGGCAAAUGUCAGAAGCAAAGAUUGUGAAUUACCAGAUCGGAGAAGUUUAUCCUCCAUUCAUGGACCAUUUUGAUACUCUAAGGACUGUAAACUACAAGCAUGGACUAAGUUGUGCUAGAAAGUUUAUGAAAAUACCAACAAGACCUUACUCAGUUGUAUCAACUAGUAAAAUACUGCCAAAACAAAGUAUUCUGCCAACUAAGAGACCACCGAAAGCACCUAGGACCAAACAGCCAUCAAGAGCUAACCAGCCACUAGUGUCAGAAACUGAGGAUCUGAUGCAGUGCACAGCCUUCGCAACAGCAGAUGAAUAUCAUCUUGGUAAUCUAUGUCAUGACCUGACUUCAUAUGGAUAUGUUGAAAUAACAAGUUUGCCUAGAGAUGCAGCAAAUGUUUUGGUGAUUGGCACAGAAAAUGCUGCAAAAGAAUAUGAUCUUGGUAUGAUCUUUUUCUUCAGGGAAGGGUCUGUUGUAUUUUGGAAUGUGGAAGAGAAAACUAUGAAGAAAAUAAUGCAAGUGCUGGAGCGGCAUGAAAUUCAGCCUUAUGAAGUUGCACUGGUUCAUUGGGAGAAUGAAGAAAUUAACUACAGGAGAGGAGAAAGCCAGUCAAAGCUCCACAGAGGAGAAAUCUUGUUAAAUUCUGAUCUGGAUAUUGAUGAAGUAAUUCUGCAGAAAUUUGCCUUUUCAAAUGCUCUUUGCCUUUCUGUAAAACUGGCCAUUUGGGAAUCAUCCUUGGAUAAUUUUGUGGAAUCUAUCCAGUCAAUUCCUGAGAUAUUAAAAUCAAGAAAAAAAGUGAAACUCUCUCAUGCUGAUGUAAUGCAGAAAAUUGGGGAACUCUUUGCCUUACGGCACUGUAUAAAUCUGAGUUCAGACCUGCUGAUAACUCCUGACUUCUACUGGGACAGAGAGAAUCUUGAAGAGCUUUAUGACAAAACCUGUCAGUUUCUCAGCAUUAAUCGCAGAGUUAAGGUAAUGAAUGAGAAGCUUCAGCACUGCAUGGAGCUGACGGACCUGAUGCGAAAUCACCUGAAUGAAAAACGUGCCCUGCGCUUGGAAUGGAUGAUAGUCAUACUUAUCACUAUAGAGGUCAUGUUUGAACUUGCCAGAGUAGUUUUCUGACCAUGGCAGAAGCUAAGAACAUCUGAAAAAAGUAUGACCAGACCAUAUUCACAACC